UGAUAAGUUGACUUCUACUUCUAAUUUUUCUGUUUUGUAUAAUUUUCUAAAACACAAAACUACAAAAGAUGUAAAGCACAUGAUAGCUUUUAUAUACAUAAAAACCCCAACAACUUUUGCUAUUUAUAGUCUCAUGAUCUUUGGUUGUUCUUGGAUAUUAUUUGUUUGUCAUCAAUUCGUUGUGUUUUGAUCUUUUAUAUUGUUUUUCAUAUCACAGUCUUGAUGCUAUUACCCUAUCCUAAUCUUCAUUUGUGUUACAAAAUGGUCUCUCUAGUUACUGUAGUCCAUGUACUUGUUCUGUCUGAACAGAAAUGGAUUCUUUUUGCAAAAUAUCACUCUUACUCUUCAUCAUUGUCUCAUACUUCACAGUUACCGAAUCUGUUAAACCUCGUCGAAUGGCGAUGAAGCUGAUACACCGUGAAUCAGUGGCCCGUCGUAACCCAAAUGCCCGAGUUCCAGUCACUCUAGAGGAACAUAUGGAACACCUGACAUAUACUUCAUCUGCACGGUUUAAGUAUCUACAGAAUUCUAUUGAAAAAGAGCUAGGCAGCAGCGAUUUCCAAAUUGAUGUGCAUCAAGCAAUCCAGUCGUCAAUGUUUUACGUGAAUUUCUCUGUUGGACAGCCUCCGGUACAGCAGUUUACUAUCAUGGAUACUGGAAGCUCACUUUUAUGGAUUCAAUGUCUUCCCUGCAAAUACUGCUCAUCAGAUCAUAUGAUCCAUCCUGUCUUCAAUCCAGCAUUGUCUUCAACAUUUGCACAGUGUUCCUGCAAUGAUCGAUUUUGCAGGUAUGCACCACACGGAAGCUGCGGCUCCUCCAACGAGUGCCUUUACGAUCAGGUAUAUAUAAGUGGCGCUGGCUCAAAAGGCGUUCUGGCUAAAGAACAGUUGAUAUUCACAACACCAAACGGAAACACUGUUGUGACCCAACCUGUUGCCUUUGGGUGUGGGCAUGAGAAUGGAGAGCAGUUGGAGAGUGAGAUCACAGGUAUUUUGGGUUUAGGAGCCAAGCCCACAUCACUUGCACUACAGCUCGGGUCUAAAUUCUCUUACUGCAUAGGCGAUUUAACUAACAAAAACUACGGUUACAAUCAGCUGGUUCUGGGCGACGCGGACAUUCUCGGCGAUCCAACACCCAUUGACACAGAUAAUGGUGUCUACUAUAUGACUCUUGAAGGGAUUAGUGUUGGGGAAAAACAACUCAAUAUUGAACCGGUGGUAUUCAGAAAAAGAGGACCAAGAACAGGGGUCAUACUCGACUCAGGCACACUCUAUACCUGGCUAGCAGAUAUAGCCUACAGAGAACUCUACAAUGAAAUAAAAUCCAUUCUGGAACCAAGAUUAGAGAGAUUCUGGUUUAGAGACCUCUUGUGCUACCAUGGAAGAGUGAGCGAAGAGCUCAUAGGCUUCCCUGUGGUGACAUUUCAUUUUGCAGGGGGAGCUGAGUUGGCUAUGGAGGCCGCAAGCAUGUUUUAUCCAAUGUCAGAAUCAGAUACGUAUCAUAACGUCUUUUGCAUGUCGGUGAGGCCAACCACAGAACAUGGAGGAGAAUAUAAGGAUUUCACAGCCAUUGGUCUAAUGGCUCAACAAUACUACAAUAUCGGUUACGAUCUCAUAGAAAAAAACGUCUAUCUCCAGAGAAUUGACUGUGUUCUACUCGAUGACUAUUCCCCAUCAAAGUAAAAUAUUGUAUACACUG